AAAAUAUAUUCUGUUUUGAAUACUUUCAUUCUACACAUAUAUGGCUUGGAUGUAUAAACAUAUUCCUACAACAUGCUUCUUUUUGGUCGUGUGUUACCUAACAAUAAAAGUAGUGCCUAUUCUUGGAGAAAAAGCACCUCACCCUCAGUUUCAAGUGGAACCAAAACCUAACUGCCAGAGCUCAGGUCCAAUAAUUGGAUCGCAAAGAGUUUCAAAUCCUUGUUCUCCAAAUGCUAAUUUGACGAAAACUGGCAAAUCUGUAAACAAGAAUCAAGCUAGAGUUCGUUCAAUCAAUAAGAAACAGAAUCGCCAUCAUUAUCGUUACACUCUUUCUGAUAAUGCAUAUGAUCCUAAUGCUGAUUAUGGAUUGUUCACCGUAAAGAUAAGUCUGGGCUCACCACAACAAUAUUAUAGUUUAAUUGUGGACACUGGUAGCCGUUGGACUUGGGUACGUUGUCGAUUUUGCAGAGGAGGUUGCAGUUCAGACGAUCCUCUGUAUGAUCCUUCAAAAUCAUUGUGCAAAGUUACAUUAUCGAACCCCUUCCAUGUCAAUUAUGGUGAUAACUCAUAUAUAUACGGCAUUUGGGGAUGUGAUACUCUCAAUAUAGAUGAUGAUCUUAUUUCAAUAAUGAACUUUAAAUUUGGUUGUGGCCUUGAAAUCUUCGAUGGCAAUGGCGAUAAUUUUGUUAAUGCAGCUGGAAUUCUUGGACUUGGUAACGGAGACUCCUCUUUGGUAUCUCAAGGUGGUGCAUCAAUGCAAGUGUUUAGCUAUUUUGUCCCAGGAAAUGGUGGUGGUGGUGCAGAUCUACAAUUUGGGGAUAAAGCCAGAGAAAAAUCUAAUACUUGUACAAAUCAAUUUACACCAAUGGUACAAGGGAUCGAUCAAGAGAAAUACUUUAUUGAUUUAGUUGGUAUAAGUGUAGCUGGAAACGAACUCAAUGUUCCAUUGACUGAAUUAGGGACAAUUAUAGACAGUGGAACGACCAUUACUCGAUUGCCAGAAGUGGUAUACUCUGCAUUUCGUGAUGCUGUUAGACAGUCCAUGUCGAGUUAUACAUUAUUAGAUGAAAUCGAUGAGCUAAUGGAUACCUGCUACAGCUUAGAGGGAUUAAUCGAACCAAUCGCGUUUCCAGAGAUUAUAUUCCAUUUUGGGCAAGAGAAUACUAUUGAUGUGAUUUUGACAAAGGAAGGAACAAUAUGGAGGAAAAAUGGUACACUAAAUUGUUUGGCUUUUGCUGCAGCAGAAAGCUAUAGCAUUAUUGGUAUUGUUCAACAGCGUGGAUUCAAUGUGCUUUAUGAUUUAGAAGGGAAAACAAUUGGAUUUGGCACUAACUGUACAUGAUUACUUGUAUAAUCGUUUUUAAUGGUUCUUCUUGUUGUAGUAUGUAUUACUUGUUCCCAGGGUUUAAACUUACUCCAGCCCAUGUUUGCAUCAAGUUAAUCAAUAAUUGUUUGUAA